AAAAAAAACAAGUACAUAAUAUUAUUUGGGUCCGUCCAUCCUCAUGGCCUCUCUAAGCAGGCUAUCAUUCUUCUUCCAUGCUUUGUUUGUCUGUUUGUGCUUCCUCGUCUCUUUGGAGAAGACCACCUCUGUCUCUGCCUCUGCCUCCAUUGAUGGAAGAAAAGUUGCAGCUGCAGAGAGUACCAACCACCACCACACCAUUAAAGUUAGCUCUAUUUUCCCAUCCAGUGGCUGCAACCCUUCUACCACCAAAGUCUCCAAAGAAGGAUCAACUCUGAAAGUAGUGCACAAGCAUGGACCAUGCUCCAAACUCCACAAGGACAAAGAAAACACACCAAACCACUCUGAAAUUCUUAAACAAGAUCAAGCUAGAGUUGACAAAAUUCGCUCCAGGAUCGCCAAGAACUCCGGCCUCAACCAAUUAGAGCAGACGAAGGCCGCAAACCUCCCUGCGAAGUCUGGCAGCAGUCUGGGCUCCGGCAACUACCUAGUCACAGUAGGACUUGGGACCCCAGCAAAGGAGCUUUCCCUCAUAUUUGAUACAGGAAGUGACCUAACUUGGACACAAUGUGAGCCUUGUGUGAAGUCUUGCUAUCAACAACAAGAUCCCACUUUUGACCCUUCUCAGUCCACAACUUAUAGCAACGUUUCUUGCUCCUCUACCACCUGUUCUUCCCUAUCUUCUGCCACAGGCAACUCACCGGGCUGCUCCUCUUCAACCUGCGUUUAUGGCAUUCAGUACGGAGACUCCUCAUUCUCCGUCGGCUUCUUCGGCAAAGAACGACUUACCUUGACCUCGACUGACGUAUUUAAUGACUUUUACUUCGGUUGCGGCCAGAAUAACCAGGGCCUCUUUGGCAGCACCGCCGGCUUGCUUGGUCUCGGCCGCGACAAGCUCUCAUUGGUUUCCCAAACCGCCCAGAAAUACAACAAGAUCUUCUCCUACUGCCUCCCGUCCAGCAGCAGCUCCACUGGCCACCUUACCUUUGGCGGAUCUCCGUCAUCCUCCGCCAAAUACACGCCGAUCUCCACGGUCGGUUCCUUCUACGGCAUUGAUUUCACCGCCAUCAGUGUAGGAGGCCGCAAAUUGUCCAUCUCGAGCUCAGUCUUCUCCACCGCCGGCGCAAUUAUCGAUUCCGGCACGGUAAUCACGCGUCUCCCACCGGCGGCGUACUCGGCGUUGAGGACGGCGUUCCGACAGAUGAUGUCGAAGUAUCCGAUGGCGGAGGCACUUUCAAUUCUCGACACAUGCUACGAUUUAAGCAAAUAUACAACGAUUUCGGUGCCAAAGAUCAGCUUAUCCUUCAACGGCGGAGCACAAGUGGACAUCGAUGCGAGGGGGACAUUGUAUGCUAGCAGUACGUCGCAGGUGUGUUUGGCGUUCGCCGGGAACACCGAUGAUACCGACAUAGCAAUCUUCGGGAACACACAGCAGAAGACGAUAGAAGUGGUGUACGAUGGGGCUGGAGGGAGGGUGGGGUUCGCUCCAGGGGUUUGUAAGUAAGAUUAGUGAGUGAUUAAGGGAGGUAAUAGUGAUCACUACUUUAAUUAAUCAAUUAAUGAAUAAUUAUAUUGCAACAUUGUAAAAGGGGACUCAGAAAGGUUGGAAGUCCCAAAGAAAAAUGUAUCAUUAUGGAUUUACAAGUUAUGCAAAGUGUAUUAAUUUCAACUUCAAUAUGAAAAAUUAUAGAUGUGUUGGUAAUUUGGAGUUAAAA